CCAUCUGUCCGCUGCACCGGUUCGCCCGAUAUCCUGCUCUGGCUCCUUGCGCACACCACCGCACAUCACCGCACACCACUGCACUUCACCGCACACCAUGGUAGCCGGCACCGGUGCCCUCGCCCCGUCUCUCGAUUUAGCACCGCCAUUUCUCCUGUGUCCAGACAUCUUUGCCAUCGUCUGCUUCAACGAUGCCUUCCAGCGCGCACUCGACUUUGCCACCAUUCAAAACCUGCUCCGAGUAUGCAAACGAGCGCAGCCUCUCUUGAGCUCCAAGAUCACUCGCUUUCACAGCUGGUGUCAGAAGGCAGGGCUCCACUCUCCAGACGGGUCGUCACGAAUCGGCCUCACGCCCAGCGACCAGAUCGCGCUCUCGCUUCACUGCAGGGACCCAGUCACGGCUGGCCGAUCGUGGCUUGAGGAUCAGUCUGCCCGAGGCAACGCCUCUGCUUCGUAUCUCCUGGCCCGGAUCCUGCAAGACGAUCUCGACUGUAGUGAAAUGCGUCGGUUCAAGCAGAGAACAGCACAGCAGCAAAUCUUUGAGCUUCUUGAAUCGGCUACAAACAGCAACCACCCGAUGGCCCAGUUCCAUCUGGCCGAGUGUUUUCUCGAUGGAAUCGGAGUCAAUCAAGACCAUACCAAGGCUGUCGAAAUGUAUCGUGGCAUUGCGGGCCGCGGAGUGCCUCGGGCGCAAAUUGCCCUCGGUCGAUGCAGUGAGAACGGCGAAGGUGUCGACCAAAGCUACGACACAGCCAUCGAGUGGUACGCCAAGGCUGAAGCCCAGGGCAGCAGCGAUGGCCGGCUCCGAAUCGAGUUCCUCCGUGGCUGGUUCGCAUUCAUCGGCCACGGUGUCGAACAGAGCGACAUUGAUGCCCUUGGCCACUGGCAGGAAGUCAGUACCAAAUCCGGCGACGCAGUCAUCAAGCCCAUCGCCACCCAUAUGGUCGGCUGGAUGCACUACCUCGGCCGAGGAACUGUGCAGGAUAAGCAGAAAGGAGUCCAGAUCAUCCGAGACAACAAGUCGGACGAGUUCCCGCUCGGAGAAGAUCGAUGCCUGGCCUGCGGAUUCACUGAGCCCUGGAUCUGCUACAACUCACCAGGGCCCCGAAAAUUCUUGACGAUGUGUCAGCUGGGAUCGGAACAUGACUGGCUGUGCAAGCAUCUCGUGGCCUUGUGCCAGUACAGCUACUUUGGAACUAUACGUGGUCGGGACAAGGCGCGGGGCAUUUUCGAGGAGCUCGCCAACGACGGCCAUAGCGACAGCCAAUUGUGGAUUGGCGAGUGCUAUUUCAACGACCACGAAGGAUCCGAAGAGGACAUGUCAAAGGCAUUCCAGUGGUUCAGCAAGUCGGCCAACCAAGGCAAUUCCUACGGUCAAUGGAGAGUUGGAUACUGCUACUUUAUUGGAGAGGGGGCCACCAAAGACUAUGCCAAGGCAGUUGAGUGGUUCAGCAAAUCGGCCGAGCAAGGAAACCGAUAUGCAGAGUACUACAUUGGCGAGUGCUACCAAUAUGGCUAUGAAUUCACCAAGAACGACGACACUGCCGAAUUGUGGUACUGCAAGGCAGAAGACCAGGGACUGUAGACCAGGGACAGCAGACCAGGGAUUGCCCACCCAAGGGCCCGGCGGCUCCAUCAAUGACUGGGUGUCGCUUGGCAGUGCGGCCUGAUUCCGGGGUGUCGUCUGCUGAAGAUUGCUUCGCAAAGCCCAGCCCCCAGCAGCCGAGUUGUGUUGUAUCUGUUACGCAGCACGCAUCCAUCUGCGCACAUCCAUCUGCACAUAUCCAUCUGCACAUGUCCAUCGGCUCACCCAUCUGCGCACCCGAAAUCGAUGUCGACGACAGCACACGUGACGCACGGCACUCUGGCUCGCACUGCCACCGACGGCGUGCUGCGCGCAGGCCACACGUGAUGCGGCUUAUCUGAGUGGGCCACGCCCCUUGCCGGCGGCAGCGCGGGGUGACUCCCGCUGGGGUGGAUGUGCGUCCGCAGGCAGGGCAGGCGCACCCGUGCCUGUGGCUCGGUGACUCACAGUGGGCAAC